UAAGUGUUAUGAGUGCUGGGUGGUGUCCGUCACUCGUGCUUCCCGCCCCGAACUAACACGAGCGGGGAUGCUCCACACUCAAAGCUCCAUCAACACCCCAGCCAUGGAGACCGAGAGCGACAGCAUGUUGGAGCUCGCCACGGAGGCUUUCCGGGCGAAAAACUUCGACCUAGCGGCGGAUAUCUACGAGUGCCAGCUCGCGGCUUUCGGCGUCGGAGAGAGCCGGCAAAAGUUGAUGGUGAAGCGGGCUGACGCGCUCGCUUUCGGGGGGAAAUUCGCCGACGCUCUCGAGGUGUACCGGCAAGCCGCAGAGAUAGAGAGACUACAACCCGCACACCUGCACAACCUUAUCGAAUACCUCACCUCAAUGAACAAGCCGGAGGGCGGCGGCACGAAUGCCUGGGCAACGGCAGCGAGUAGCCCCGUUGUCGGAGCCACAGGUAGCGAGGAGGAAGACUUCUCGUGUCGGAUAUGUCUUAGCUCGCUGUUUGAGCCUGUGACUCUGCCGUGCGGACACAGUUUCUGUAAGAAGUGUUUGGAGAGGGACAAGAAGGAGAUUGUGUGUAAAACAUGUAGGCACAGCUCCAAAGUAGCCGUCCACAGUUUCCGGGUCAACGUGGUCCUCUGCAACCUGCUGGCCAAGUGGUUCCCCGGGGCGCAGCAGGCCGGCCGGCUGAGGCGGGAGGGUAACUGCCUGUACGCGGAGAAGAAGAUGCAAGCAGCUCUGGAGAAAUACAACCAAGCCAUCCUCAUAGCACCCACUGACCACAUACUUUUCAGUAACCGCUCCCAGAUCCACUCCAGCCUGAAAAAUUACAACAUGGCUCUUAGGGACGCAGAAAUGGCCUGCAGACUCACGCCUCUGUGGUCCAAGGGUCAUGUUCGCAAGGCUCAGGCUUUGGUCUCACUGGGCAGAACUGAGGAAGCACUGAGAGAGUACCUGCUAUGUCUGUCCAUAGAGCCUCACUGUAAACUGGCCAGGAACGAGGCUAACAAGCUCCUUAGUGACCUCCUGACUCCAGUGACCAAUCAGGUCCCUGAACACAUCGCUGACUUCCCCAACUUCCUGCCCUCUAGAGGUCUCAUCAAGAACAGCAUCAGCACGCCAUCCCAAGUUAUUGACCCCAUCCCGCUGUCACCUGUGUCCAAUGUCGCCACGACCGCUCCUGAAGACGGGGGUUCAGAUAGCAACGAGGUCAAAGUUCAAAGAAAGCCAGAGGACAGGAAGCUUUAUCAAUGUCUUCUCCUCAAACGGAAGCGCAGCAGCGUAAAUGAGGAGGAGGAAGUAGAGGGAAGGAGAGAAGAUAAAAAAAGACAGAAGUGUGAGCCAGCACAGGUGAAAGACCUUUUGGACCCCACAGAUCUGGAAUGUUCUCUUUGCAUGAGAUUUCUCUAUGAACCAGUGACAACGACAUGCGGUCACACCUUCUGUCUUCAAUGUCUCAAGAGAUGUUUGGACCACAACCCAAAGUGUCCACUCUGUAAAGAAGAGCUGUCUGAGUACCUGGUUCAAAGACAGUACUGCAAGACUGCCCUAAUGGAGAACCUGAUCGCAAAGUAUCUUCCAUCUGAGCUUGUGGAAAGACAGAAAAUCCAUCAGGAGGAGAUGGCUGAGCUUUCAAACCUGAACAACAACGUGCCUAUAUUUGUGUGCACCAUGGCCUUCCCCACUGUUCCUUGUCCGCUGCAUAUCUUCGAGCCGUGCUACCGACUGAUGAUUCGCCGCUGCAUGGAGACGGGAACCAACUGCUUCGGCAUGUGCCUGGGAGACGACCUAAAAGGGUUUGCAGAUUACGGGUGCCUGUUGGAGAUCCGUGACUCGAAGUUCUUCGCUGAUGGCCGCUCAGUCGUGGACACCAUCGGCAGGCGGAGGUUUAAAGUCAUUCAGCACAGUGAGAGAGACGGCUACAACACGGCUGAUAUUGAAUACUUGGAGGACAUAAAGGUGGAAGGCCUUGCGAAGGGGGAGCUGCAGUCGCUGCAUGACACCGUGUAUGAGCAGGCUCUGGUGUGGGUCAACUCUUUGAAGGCAGAGCAGAAGGAACGUAUUGAGGGCCAUUUUGGACCCAUACCCGAAAAAGACUCUGAACUUCAGGCCAGUCCCAACGGUCCGUCAUGGUGUUGGUGGUUACUUGCUGUUCUUCCAUUAGAAGGUCGAGCCCAGCUACCCUUCCUGGCCAUCACAUCUCUGAAGGACCGCUUGAGCGGCAUCCGCAAGGUUCUGCUUUUCAUGGCCCAGAGCAUACAUCGGGGCCUCCCAGUGGGCCAGCGGUCACAAUAGACCCCACCCAAACCCAGCCCCACAGUCACCAUUCAGCUGAUGUGUUGGCACCUUCUCGUUGUAGCGCCAUGCGCAAAACCGCAUUCAUCCAUUCAUCAUUCAUCCAUCCUCUUAUCAUGAUGCUAAUGUGCCUCCAUGGACAAGGUUGUACAUUGUUGUUGAGGGUCCUCCAAUUUUUUCUUCCUCAUAUAUCAGAUUAAACACGAAAUAGAUUGGAGGUGAGCUUUAAAGCAGGUACACCCCCUUCCCACACACACACACAUACACAACACACUUUGUGUAUUUACGUGAGACCAAACUUUGAUUUUUUUACACCCACUGCAGUUAAGUGACAGAAGUGACGUCAUAUUAAUUAGCAACUAUCUUCCUCCAAUCGUCACGUUUGUCUCUUGCAGUUUUGAUGUUUGGCGUUUUGCAUUAUUUUCUCUAUUAUUUAUUUUGUGUCCUUAUUUAUGCAUGCAGUGGCAUUGUUUACAUUUUUUUUGUCAUUUUCUCGAGGGUUAUUUCUUUGUGCUCGCCACCUAGAAACAUUAGCCGUCAUGCAGAGAAAGUUGAGCACAAAUUCACUUUUGGAUUUUCACAAAGCAGAAAUUAUUCAGCGUUCAUUUCGUACUUCCACACAGCAGGCAAAGGCCUUAAAACAAAAUCAUAGCGCAUGUCUUUUUAAGAAAUUACUUCCAUUUAACUGCAAAUGUGAAAACAUAUUUUCAUGAAAAUGUUUGUAAUUCCAAUACAAGAACCGAAAAAUGUAUUUAAAAUUCCCACCAAUAUAUUUUGGAGAAAAGUGUGAUGCCUUGUGGAAGUCAGCAGCAAAAAUCUGAGGGGCUCUUUUUCUUUGUGGAAGACCUCUCCUCCUAAAGGCUUCUUCACUUGGUGAGGAAUGAGACAAUCUUUGGUGGAGAGAUGUCACAAAAGUCAUACCAGGUUUGCCGUUGUCGUUUGUACCCAAGGAGGAAGUUGGCACCAUUUUGCAAUUUUGUGACAUUGCUUCUCCCGAAGGUUGUCUCAUUCCACAAGCUUCUUAUCACCAGACAUAAGUAAGGAAAGGCCACACUUAGAUAAGAGUCCAUUUAAGUUUUUGAGGACUACCAUCACACAAACUGACUGACAAUCUCCACAGACAUCUUGUAAAUGUCCGUGACUGUUAGCGCUUUGUCCAAAAAUUGUACACUAGUAGCUUUGGAUUGAAUUUGUUUAACUUAAAUAAUUAUUGUUUUAUAAUGUUUAUGAUCAUUUGUCUUACUUCAUAUGCAAUAGUACUGAGAUGUCAGAUUUAACCACCAUUUAUGUUGUAGUGUGAGUUACUUACAUUAGUGCAGGGCUAUCCAAAGUGAAUCCCACUUUACUGGCAUAUUGUUAGAAUGAAAUUAAAUAUUUUUGUAUUAUAUAUAUAUACAGUGGUACCUUGGAAUACGAGUUCAAUUGGUUUUGUGACGCAGCUCGAAAAGCUUGUAUUACGAAACAGUGUCGUCCAAUAAAAUGUAUUGAAAUCUUAUCCCCCAAAACACUACAAUUUUAACAUUUUGCGUGUCUGUUAAACAGAAUACCAAAUUUGUAUCAGAUAUUGUAUGCUCCUUAGAGCUGCUUUUCCAUCAAACACACCAUCAGCAGCUUCUCCAAAAUCUAAAUGUCUGCCGUUUAGAUAUUUUAACUGUCCUUCACACACACUUUCUUUCUUCCAAUGGUUGUAGAAAAAAAGUUAUGUCCAUUUCUGGCUAUAAGCCAGUCCUUCUUAAAUAGUGUCGAGGGCCUCCCUGGAGGGCAGCUGGGGGGGACGUGUGAACUCGAAGAACCGUACCAGGGGACGAGGAAUGACUGGUGUGUUGUUUCUUUAAUGUUAAUAACUUUACAAUGUUUUGCGGAUGUAUUGUUAUACUCAUUUUAUAGACAAAUUAUACUAUUUAUAGUCACGGUGAAAAGUGUGUGUGUUGGGGGGGGUGAAAAAUGUUCUUCUUCCUAGGGGGGGGGCUAUAAGCUAAAGGUCGGAUCUUCCAGUAACUCUUGAUUUUUGCUUGUAACUUAAAGUAUAAGGAUCAGCCAAGACACAUCUUGUAUCUCAAAGUACCAUUAUAUUUUAUAUUUUGUUAGCAGGUAUUACACUGAUUUGCUUUGUUUGCAAAAAGACAAAGCUUUGGUGUUUGGUUCAAUUGUAUUCAUAUUUUCCUUCUGGGGACAUUUUCUUCUCAAGCAUCGUCGCAUGUUAGGAACAAAAAGGGAAAUAUAAUUACACCCGCCGUGUAGAACUCGGAAGGGACAAUUCACUCAAUGCAUCAUAAUUACAACAGUAGUUCAGUAUAUAUACAACGUAGCUUUUGUUUUUACUUGUGAAGUUUGACAUGUAGUUUUGAAAACGAAGGCUUUUCUAACGACAGAAGUUCUAGUGCCUUAUGUUGGACUUCUUCCUGUUAAUAAGUAGAAAAUGGAGCAUGAGCGAAUGUGGGAUGAAGCAUCAUGGUGUCAAUUGUAGCAAAUAACUCCAUUAUUUUUGUGGUCAUCUCGAUAAUAGUCCAAAAAUAGCAUUAGUUUUAAUGUAGAUGUCAAAAAAGUUAAACAUCUUUUUACAGUGGAGUUUACUAAGAUGGGGAAUUGCAGGUGGAUAGUGACCAAGUCGACAGUUGAUGAUUGAUUACCUCUGUUGUUUAAUGUUAAAUUAAGCUAAGUGCUGUGCGUGUGUAUGUGUGCGUGCUUGCGUGCGUGUGUUAGUAGCUUCAUGUUUGAGCAUUGCUUUUUCAUCAGACUCAAAUAUAAGCACAUUUAAAUAUCAAACAAUUCUUCCAAUAAACUGACUGGACGUAAAGUUCAAAGAAGCUUAUUGCACAAACUUAUCGUUGGAAUUUUUGCUGUUUUUUUUUUUUAUGAAUCUGUUUGUCUCAGACUGAAUCCUCAGAGGUCAGAAUUGUCAUUUUGUAGCAAUGAAAGUCAUCAUAAAUGUACUUGUACUGUCCAACUAGCAAUACGACAAUAAAUACGUCUAUUUCUAAUUAUCUGGUUUAUUCUAUGAAUGUUUUGCACAGGUGAUGCAACAAGAGGAAAAAUCAAGAGUUGGCAUAUUGUAAGAAUGCAAUUAAACAAGAAAAAUGAAAGCGCACAAAUUGGAAAAAAGGGCAAAACGGUAUAAUAUUGGGAGAGAAGUUUGAAAUGAUAAUAAUACAACUAAUAGGACAAUCUGACAGUGUGGAUAUACAGAUGAGGUUUUCUUGAACUCAUGAAACAACUACUCAUGUUCUGUUGUCAAAUAAAACUUGAGUCAUCAAUGGUA